AUGAAGAUUUCAAAGCACGUCGCUCUUGUUCAUGCCCUCGCAGCAGGCAGCGUUACUGGUUAUGUCUUUCCUGAUUGCGAAAGUGGACCUCUAGCAAGCAACGCAAUCUGCGACACUGCUCUUGACCCCAUUACGCGGGCAACUUCCUUGGUCGAGUUGUUCACUGUUCCAGAGCUGAUCAAUAAUACUGUCAACAAGUCUCCUGGGGUUCCUCGUCUGGGUUUGCCAGCGUACCAGUGGUGGUCGGAAGCUUUGCACGGAGUGGCAAACAGUCCAGGUGUUAACUUCUCGACGUCAGGCGAAUUCAGCUAUGCGACGUCGUUUCCCCAGCCGAUCCUUAUGGGUGCUGCUUUUGACGAUGAGUUGAUCAAGUUUGUUGGAAACAUUGUGGGUAUGGAGGGACGCGCCUUCAAUAACUACGGGCGCGCGGGUCUGGACUUUUGGACACCAAACAUCAAUCCAUUCAAAGACCCUCGAUGGGGCAGAGGUCAGGAAACACCUGGAGAAGACCCGUACCACCUCUCCCAAUACGUGUACAACCUCGUGGUUGGCUUGCAAGGUGGUCUUGACCCAAAGCCUUACUACCAGGUCGUUUCCACGUGUAAACACUUUGCGGGCUAUGAUAUCGAGGACUGGGAUGGCACUGUUCGAUAUGGCUUUAAUGCAGUGAUCACUUCUCAAGAUCUCGUGGAAUACUACCUCCCCUCAUUCCAGAGUUGCUAUAGAGAUGCCAAAGUUGGUGCUGCCAUGUGCUCGUACAAUGCUAUCAACGGUGUUCCUUCUUGCGCAGAUGCGUACUUGCUUCAAGAUAUUCUCCGUGAUUUCUACGGGUUCGCACAAGACCGAUGGGUAUACUCAAAGUUACUUUACUUGUGUAUAGUCACCGGUGAUUGUGGUGCCGUCCAGAGUAUUUACUCUCACCAUAACUAUGCUACCCCUCAACAGGCUGUCGCAGAUGCACUCAAGGCAGGAACUGACCUAGAUUGUGGCUCCUUCUAUGGAGAGUGGUUGCCAAUCGCAUACAACGAGUCUCUUAUCGCAGAGACCGACCUACGCACAGCUUUGGUUCACCAAUACGCCUCGCUCGUCCGUCUCGGUUACUUUGAUCCAGAAGAGCGACAGCCUUACAGAACAUACAACUGGAGUAAUGUCAAUAUACCUAUCGCUCAACAGCUUGCAUACCGAGUUGCCGCGGAGGGUAUUGUUCUCCUGAAGAACGACGGUACUCUACCACUCUCAAGUAGCAUCAAAAACAUUGCUUUGAUCGGCCCGUGGGCAAACGCAACCACCCAGAUGCAGGGCAACUACUUUGGUGUUGCUCCUUAUCUCAUCAGCCCCGUCAUGGGCGCGAUGGAUGAUGGCUAUAAUGUCACCUACGUGUUGGGCACCAACAUUAUAUCUAACGACACGAGUGGAUUCGCUGCUGCUGUUGCGGCUGCAAAGGAGGCAGACGCUGUCAUCUACGCUGGGGGUAUUGAUCUUACCGUCGAGAACGAGGACAUGGAUCGCUACUCGAUUACUUGGCCCGGCAACCAGCUCGACCUUGUUGCUGAGCUUGAGAUGAUAGGCAAGCCUUUGGUCGUGGUGCAAUUUGGUGGCGGACAACUUGAUGAUUCCAUUCUCAAAGGCAAUGCUUCUGUCAAUGCGCUCGUUUGGGCAGGGUACCCAGGUCAGAGUGGUGGACAGGCUGUUUUCGACACCCUCAGUGGCAAGGUUGCGCCUGCUGGGCGCCUUCCUAUCACGCAAUACCCAGCAAGCUAUGUCAAUGAGAUCCCCAUGACGAAUAUGAACCUCCGUCCCAAUUUAACGAGUCCAGGCCGUACCUAUAUCUGGUACACCGGCAUGCCUGUCUACGAAUUCGGAUAUGGCGAGCACUACACUACAUUUCGUUACGAAUGGGUGCAAGCCCCUGCAACAUCAUACAGCAUCCAGGCUCUCAUUGAUGGAGCGGAGUAUGCUGCGUACUUGGACGUCGCACCAUUUGCUACGCUUGCUGUUAGUGUAACGAACACCGGAAACAGGACAUCUGACUAUGUUUCCCUUCUUUUCGCCAGUGGCAUGUACGGAGAUGCUCCCUACCCUAACAAGGUUCUUGUCAGCUACACCCGCUCUCACGGCAUUACGCCGGGCACCACUGCAACAGCUGAACUACCGAUCACACUUGGCAAUCUCGCAAGAGCAGAUACCGACGGCAACUUUUGGCUCUAUCCUGGCACUUAUGAGCUUGCGCUCGAUACUAGUGGAGUUUUGACCUCCAACUUCAAAUUGACGGGAAGUGCUGCACAGCUCACUUCCUUCCCGCAAAACACCAUGACUUCGUAA